AUAUUCGACUGUUGAGACAAAGAAUUUUAGCGAAAACAAAACAAAGAGACAGUACGAACGCUCCUCACAUUGCUUACGAUUCCCAUUUACCUCUGUUAUUACAAUCAACAACCAUGAAACUAAGACUCAGAUCUUUCGAAUCCAAAGAAACCCUAAAAAUCGAAGUUCCCGAUCCAUGUUCCUUUCACCAACUCAAACAAACCAUUUCUCAUGCAAUCUCUUCUUCUUCUUCUUCCUCUUCUUCUCUCCAUCUAUCCCUCAACAGAAAAGACGAAAUCGACGCUUCUUCGCCCGAAGACUCUCUCCAUUCAAUUGGCAUCGCCACCGGCGACCUCAUCUUCUACACAUUCAACCCCAACACCUUCUCCCGCGAAACCCUCCCUCACAAACCCACCCCACAACAAGAACCCCAUUCCAACCAUCGACCCAUCAUUCAAGACUCGCCGGAAAACAACGCCGGCGACACUCAUUCGAUUCCAAUCGGAGAAAAGUCUCCGGCUUUGAACCCUGCAGAUUCAGAAAACGUAGAAAUGGUUGACGUGUCUGAUGAGGCGGUGGUAGUGUUGAAGAACAAUUCUGAACCUGAGUUUGUGAAAAGAGUUCUUAAAGAAGCGCUUGGCGAUGACUUUAGCGAUUUCAAGCUAUUGGUAUUUGCGGUUCAUGCUGUUAUUCUUGAAUCUGGGUUUGUUCGUGUUGAUCAGGUUUCGGGUAUGGCGAUUAGUUGCUCUCAUCUUCUUGAUGAUUGUUCUUCUUCUUCAAUGAUAUCUUUGAGGUAUACUCUUCCUGAGAUUCUCACUAAUGGUUCAUCUCAUGCUGUGAAUUUGAAAAUUCAGAAAUUAGGGAAUUUUGUGAAUGUUUGUGGUUCAUUGUGUGAUGACGUAGGCUCUAGGGUUCAUAGGGUUUAUUUAGAUAAAUGUAGAUUUGCCAAGCCUUUAGAGUUUAUGAUGUUGGAGAGUUCUGAAUCUAAUGCUAGUGGUGUUAAUGAUGGUGGAGAUGAAGUUUUUGAAUUGUGGAAGAUUGUUAAAGAUAGGCUUGCAUUACCACUUUUAAUUGAUCUUUGUGAUAAAGUUGGAUUGGAUCUUCCACCUUGUUUUAUGCGACUCCCGAUGGAACUUAAGCUUCUGAUAUUUGAGUAUCUUCCUGGUGAUGAUUUGGCUAAAGUGUGUUGCACGUGUUCAGAAUUGCAAUACCUUGCUUCAAACGAUGAGUUGUGGAAGAAGAAGUUUGAGGAGGAGUUUGGACAAAGGAUGGAUGGAGGGAAGUUUUUUAAGAACUUGUUUGCUCAUUACCGGGCAACGAAGAAGAAAGCUGAGCAACCGCUUCCUGUUCGAAUUCGUCGCAGUGGUAUUAUGAGAUACUUUCAAAGGAGAAGAGGCCCUAUUCCUUUUGGAAGGCCUCCAAUUUGGGGUGGAGAGUUUGAUCUGCAUCCAGGUUUUGGUCUUAAUCUCCCUGCAUACUCGCCGAGGCGUACUUUCAUUCCCCCAUGUCAUCUAGGAGAAUUUCAAUAAAUAAUCUGAUGAUCCUUGUUAAUCUUUUCUGUGAAAUGCAUUGAUAAGUACAUAAUAAAUAACUGGUUGUGAAUGAUGUAAUGAAUUUUAUAAAAUGUUCAGGUCAAUUUGGUUCUAUGUUUUGAAUAGGUUGUGAAUGAUGUAAUGAGUUUUAUAAAAUAUUCAGGUCACUCUGGUGUUACAUUUUGAAUAUAAUCCAAGUAUGGUGUUAGGAGGAUAUACUAGUUUUUUUUU